UUGUGAUUUAUUUAUGUUCUUUGCCGCUGCUCUUUCCCGUGGCUGAAGGGGGAAGUUUGCUUCAUCGAAUCUUCGGCUACCCUUCGUUCGCUCGGGUUGAAGUUUCUUAGCCUCGCCAAAUAUGGGAGCAGAUUUGGUUGAAAAUAGGCGUGCACGAAGUGUUGAGACACGAGACCAAGAUGAUGCCUCUAUGAGGGACAGAUGGCAUGGGGAGCAUGCUGAUUUAGAAGGAAAUGAAUCGGAUGAACCCCGAGAUUCAGGGAAACAUCGAGCCAAAGAUAAGAGCAAAAGCAGUGGCCGUAGGGAGGAUAAAGAACACAGGAGUAGGGAUCUAGAAAGGCCAAGGGAAAGAGAGAAAGAUAAUAAAGAUUCUGAGAAAGACCGUAGGGAUAGGAGGAAGGAGGACAGAGAUGAGAGAGAUAAGGAAAAGGUCCGAGAUAGGGCAAGAGAGAGGGAAGCUGAUCGAGAGAAGCACAGGGAAAAGGAAAAGGAUAAAGAGCGAAAGGAUCGGGUAAAGGAGAAGGAGCGAGAUAAAGAGCGGGAAAAGGAGCUUGAGAAGGAUGGCGAGAAAGGACAUGGCAAAGAAAGGGGGAAAGAGAAGAGUAGUAGAGAUAAGGACAAGGAUAGAGAGAAAGAAAGAGAAAGACCGAAGGAUAGGGAUCGAGAAAAACACAAAGAAAGGGAGAGGGAAAGAGAUAGGGGUAAAGAUACAACUGAGAGGGAGAAGGGGAAGGAGAGGACCAGAGAUAAAGAAAGGCAAGCAGAUCUAGAGAAAGAUGUGGGAAGGGAUACCGAAAAAAGUUCACGUAAACAAAAGGAUGAAACUCACAAGAGGGACAAGGAGAUGGAGAAUGAUUAUUCUCACAAUAAUCAGUCCACAAAAGGUAGAAUGGAUAAUUCUGAUGAUGUGAAUGACUCAGAGACUUUGAAGCAUCUUGAGAAAACUGAAAUUGCAGUGUCUGGAUCACGCCGAACAGCAUCAGAGUUAGAGGACCGAAUCUCCAAAAUGAAGGAAGAAAGAUUAAAGAAGUCAGCUGAAGGUGCUUCAGAGGUUUUAUCUUGGGUUAACAGAAGCAGACAGCUUGAAGAGAAGAUGAAUGCUGAAAAGGAGAAAGCCUUGCAACUUUCUAAAAUUUUUGAAGAGCAGGACAACAUGAAUGAGGAAGAAAGUGAUGAUGAGGCUACAGAUCAACAAACAGCUCAUGACUUAAGUGGGGUGAGAGUUCUCCAUGGACUUGAUAAAGUACUUGAAGGUGGAGCAGUGGUAUUGACACUGAAAGAUCAAAGCAUACUCGCCGAUGGGGAUGUCAAUCAAGAGGUUGAUAUGCUCGAGAAUGUGGAGCUUGGAGAGCAGAAGCGCAGGGACGAUGCAUAUAAGGCUGCAAAGAAAAAAACUGGUGUUUAUGAUGACAAGUUCAACGACGAACCUGGUUCUGAGAAGAAAAUGCUCCCGCAAUAUGAUGAUCCUGUCACAGAUGAGGGGGUGACUCUUGAUUCAACUGGACGUAUAAGUAGUGACGCUGAAAAGAAAUUGGAAGAGCUUCGAAAAAGAAUUAAAGGAGUUUCGGCAAGCAAUAAUGUUGUAGAUCUCACUUCAUCCGGGAAGAUCUCAUCUGAUUAUUACACCCAAGAGGAAAUGACUAAGUUCAAAAAGCCAAAGAAAAAGAAAUCUUUGAGGAAGAAGGACAAACUGGAUAUCAGUGCCCUCGAAGCAGAGGCUAUAUCUGCUGGAUUGGGCGCUGGGGAUCUUGGGUCACGAAAAGAUGGGAAAAGGUCAAGUCUUAGGGAGGAACAAGAUAAGCUUGAGGCUGAAAUGAGAAGCAAUGCUUAUGAGUCAGCAUAUGCUAAAGCGGAUGAGGCAUCUAAAGCACUUCGACGGGAACAAGUACGCACAGAGCAGACUGAAGAUGAUGAUAAUCCUGCUUUGGGUGAUGAUGAUGAUGAGCUACGGAAGGCAUUAGAGAGGGCAAGAAAAAAGGCCUUGAAAAAGCAAAAUGAGGAAGAGAAUUCUGCUAAGUUCAUAAUUCAACUUGCUAACUCGACUGCCAAUGAGUCAAAGGCAGAUGAUCAAAAUGUGACAUCUGGAGAACAGCAAGAGAAUACAGUUGUUUUCACUGAGAUGGAUGAAUUUGUGUGGGGUCUGCAGCAUGAUGAAGAGGAGAAAAAACCUGAGAGCGAAGAUGUUUUCAUGGAGGAAGAUGUGGUACCAAGCACCUCUGAUCAAGAAAUGAAAGAAGAAGAUGAGGACCAGACUCAGAUGGAUGAAACCAUGAAAGAUGAAACUCCUGCAAAGGAGGAAGACGAGGAGGUUGUUCCGGAUGAGGCAAUUCAUGAAGCUGCAGUUGGGAAGGGUCUAGCUGGUGCUCUCAAACUUCUAAAAGAUCGUGGAACUCUGAAAGAAACUGUUGAAUGGGGUGGUCGGAACAUGGACAAGAAAAAAAGCAAGCUUGUUGGCAUAUAUGAUAAUGAUGGAUCUAAGGAAAUACGCAUUGAGAGGACAGAUGAAUAUGGCCGAAUUUUGACUCCAAAGGAAGCCUUUCGGCUGCUCUCACACAAGUUCCAUGGAAAGGGACCUGGGAAAAUGAAGCAGGAAAAGCGUAUGCGUCAGUAUCAGGAAGAAUUGAAGAUUAAACAGAUGAAAAAUGCAGAUACUCCAUCACUUUCCGUGGAGAGGAUGAGGGAAGUCCAAGCUAAACAACAAACACCGUAUCUUGUUCUGAGUGGACAUGUUAAACCAGGGCAAAGCAGUGAUCCGAGAAGCGGCUUUGCAACUGUGGAAAAGGACUUUGCCGGAGGCUUAACCCCCAUGCUUGGUGAUAAAAAGGUGGAGCACUUCUUGAAUAUAAAGCGCAAGCCUGAGGCUGGAGAUGGUGCUUCUCAAAAGAAGCCCAAAACUUGAGAUCUCAAUCUUGUGUAUGUUAGUUGGUGCAAGAAUUGCUGUCAGCCAUUGUGAUGCUCAAUCAGAUCUUCUUAUUCACUGUGGACUGGGAAAGAGAAGAAUGGCAUGGCAUGGCCAGGCUAGUGACUUGAUACAGAAAUUUAUGCUGUUGUUGCCCAAUGAAUCACACCAACUUUUGUGUUUUGAGUCUCCUAGUGAUGUGUAUUUGGUUUGUAAUCUUUCUUUCUUGGAUGUGGAUGUGCAUGUGCAUGUGCUUUGACAGCUUAAACAAACCACCCUAAACACAAACUUCAAUCAUUGGUUUAAUGCUAAAGAGAGGAAUUUUGAUCC